UGUUUUAUAAUUAAAGAAAGCCAAAAAUCGUAGAAGUGAGUGGGAAGAAGUUUAAGAUCACAAAAACGUGGAAAGGACAAGAGAGUAAUAUCAAUCGACCAUCUUUACGCAUAUUCGAGUCUUGUCUGAUCGGUUGGUUCUCUCUUUCCUGUUUCAUUCCUAUUUUAUUUUGUUUUUCCUCUUUUCAGAUUUGGUAGGCGGCACCUCCAAAUCGAACCCUUUUUUCUUUCCAAUUCAUCGUUCCUCAAUUCUACCCAACACAACACCUUCUCUUCAAGUUUCCCAAAACGAACAUAACUAGAAAACGUUCAUUAACCUUUGGAAGGUUUGUCCAUUCCAAAGAGCAAAAGCCUCGAACCCUUCCCCUCAUCAAAGUUUUCUCACGCUUCGUUCUUGAAGUUCUGGGGUUGCUCAGAUUUGAGUUGGGUAUCGAGAAUGUUCAACGGCAUGAUGGAUCCCGAUUUGAUUAGAAUCGCUCAGGAGCAGAUGAGUCGCAUGUCACCUGCUGAGUUGGCUCGGAUCCAACAACAGAUGAUGUCUAAUCCAGAGCUGAUGAGGAUGGCCUCGGAAAGCAUGAAGAACAUGAGUUCUGAAGACUUUAAACUUGCUGCUGAGCAGCUAAAGCAUACUCGUCCAGAAGAAAUGGCUGAGAUUGGUGAGAAGAUGGCCAAUGCGUCUCCUGAUGAAGUGGCAGCGAUGCGAUCCCGGGUUGAUGCCCAGAUCAAAUAUCAGUUGAGUGCUGCUGAGAUGUGA